GCCAUUUAGCAUUUAGGGUGUGAGUAGUAAUUGUCUGUUUGUCGGUAGCCGUCGCGGGGUUUUAUCGAAAAGGUUCGACUUAAGCCAUGAACAGCUCAGCUAGUCGAUUCGUCUGCAUUAUUUGAAACAGAUCCAUAGAGUAUAGGCUUUAUACUACUCCCAUAUUUCUCGAAGAAAGAGAAAAUAGCUUCUAAAAUGAAUCGUAUUGCUGUUAUUGGGAAGAUGGAAUCUGCAACAAAACAAGAUCAACCUCCAAGGAAUGAUGUGAAAGUAAAUCUUCUUUGGAAUGAGAUGUUAGAACCCCUUCUUUUGACUUUGAAGAUCGUUGGAGUCUAUCACGAAACAGCUUUCGAGGGCGCCCUCAAAACUCAGGGCCAGGCUGAAGGUUCAGGAUGGUUUCCUGAUGCUGAUCCUGAGCCACCUAGGUCGAAGAGUUGGCGGAAUGGUAUUUCUCGAGUAUACCACGCUUUGGUGUGUAUAUACCUGUGGCUGAAUACGAUCCGGAUGACAUAUGCUAUUGCUCUGAAUGACAGGUACGGAAUAUUCUCGCAAGAACUGAUAACAAUGCAAGUGUACUUUUACAUCGUAUCUAUCUGCAAUACCAUCAUGUUCGUAGUGUGUUACAGGGACAAAUGCAUGCCCUACUUCCGGCGUCAUUGGAACUCUUCGGUCACGUCCCUUCAAACAAGACGAACACAUUGCUCAUUGGACAAAACGACCCUAAACACGAAAGACGAAAUUAAUGAGAAUCAGCACAAAACUCCCGUAAGAUACAACAAAUGGGCUAUGCUUGUAACGGUAACAUGUACUUGUGUCAUGCUUAUCAACAUUGCCGGUAUGGUAUUCUCAACAUUUGGCUUCGGACUAAACCCGCUGACUUCAAUGGGCAUCUGUGGACCGUGGCUUUCAGAGCCAUUUUGCGGCAUUAAUUUGAUAUUCGCAGUUUAUUCAAAUGCUGCUUAUGCAUUUCCGGGUGCUCUUUUCUCGCUCAUAUGUCACAACAUUUCGUUGCAAUUUGAAAAUUUGUCAGAGGAAUUCGACCAGGCUCUCAACUCUUCCCACCCGAUUGAUAAAAAGACACUGAAUUGUUUUCGGCGAAGACAUGCUGUUAUUUGCCACACUGUCGAGGUUGCUGAUGAUGUAUUCUCUCCUUUUGUGGGAGUCGUGUACUUGACGAACAUUCCACUCAUUAUCUUUCUGUUGUAUGAGCUCUUUUAUCUUGCUAAUGGAAACCUAUUGUACAUCAGUAUGACGCUCUGUUGGCUCCUCGUCUGUUCCACCAAUGUGUUAUUGCCGUCCCUUUUCGCAGUGCAAGUAUAUGAAAAGGCUCAUUCCCUACGCAGACGUGUGCACGAACUACAGAUGGACACGUUUGACUCAGAUCUAUCUCAGGUCCAGCUUCUAUUCUUGGCCCGGUUGGACGGACCAGAAAUCGGCAUGACGGCUCUUGGUUGCUUCGUUAUUACUAAGGAACGGGUUUUAGCGGUUGUCAGCACGUUGAUCACUUACUUCACCAUCCUCCUCCAAUUUCAACAAACCACUCCUACUACUGAUAUCACCAUGGCAACGACGAACAUGACAACAAAUAUUCCCUCUUUCAGCCGUACUUCUCCUGAACCAUGAUCAUUUAUGUCCAAUUGACACUUGGAAGGUGAUCGUAAACUCCUCAUUAUCCUCGUGGGUUGGCGUACGACGAUCUGUGUAUAGUCUCUACGAUCUUGUUUAAGGCAGAUCUAGACAGUUCUACCAAUAGGAUAAGGUCAUUAUGUAGCAAAAGAAAAGUGGAAUGUGUAUAGUGUGUAUAUAUAUCUACAUGUAUAUUUGUUAACAGUUUGCGCAUACUGUGUAGUAAUGUAGUAAUAAAUUUUCAAUAAUUAUUUUUACAAUAAUUGAAUGAAAACUUAUUUUUGAAUACUGAAAAAGUUGAACGAUGCGAUUUCAAUUCAGAUGUAAAGGAUGAAUAUGAUCAUCAUGGUUAUAAUUAUAUAUGAUUUGUAUAAUAUUGACUGGCCUUGAAGGGAACACCAGAUAUAUUGCCCGCAACAGAAUUGGCCAGAGUCUCUAGACGAGGGCAAUAUGAUUCUUUUAAGGGAGAGAGAGAGAGAACGAAUUUCAUGCAUUUUUUCCAGUAAAAUUUAUUCAAGUCCACAAUUUUCAUACCGUCUUAAUCAAGUGAUAUACAUAUUAUGUAAGCUUACAUACACCCAUCCCCUUCCUUGGAAACGUGAUAACAGAGGCGAUGUAUAUUCCCAAUUACAUCUAAUCGCAUUUAAUGAUGAUAAAAUUAUUAAUAAUAAUCAUGACAAAAUGAUAAUAAUAAUAUAAAUAAAAAUAAUGAUGAUAUGUCUAUUUAAAUAGCGCAGUUACAUUGUGCAUAUACACAGCUGCGCUUUGAUACUUGGCAUCAUCAUUACACCGGCAGUAGCUGAGCCGCCAUAUCGGCGCUAAAGCGAAAUAAAUUCUACCUGGUACCCAUUCAUCCAUUCAUCCAUAUAGAUAAAUAGAGUGCAGAAACUAUUCACAUAUCAUAUAUCAAUCAUAUAUUUUACUGUUCUCAUAAUGGUUAUAAUUAAUGAAAUAAAUGAUAUAAAUGUGAUUCAAGUUUUGUUUUUAAGCUGUUUAUGAAUGGCGCUAUCCUGACUUCCAAGGGUAUAUAAGCCAUUCCAGAGUUUUGGGGCCACACAAGAAUAUGCUCGAUCACCUAGCAUCACUUUCGUUUGAGAGGAUGGGAUCUGUAAAAGCAAUUAAUCAUUUGAACAGCGUAUAAGUUGCGACCAUGUUGACUGGUUUAAGAACCUAACAAUUAUGGAUAAUCUUGAAAUAAAUCAAUUGUAUUGGAAAGUUU